AUGGGCGGGCCUGUGAUCAUUUACCUGCAGCUCACCACCAAAAACCGCGCGGAUGAGUUCAGCUACAACGAGUGUGACACCAUCGCUUCCACAGUGGGCGCAUUCGCGCGGCGUCUCACCUACGACAAUGCGCUUUGCAAGUUCAUCGUUGAGGUCAGCGUGUCCCUCAUAGCAGACAAAAUCCACGAGAAGUUCAACAUGUCCGAACUUCUGGUCGUGCAGCCACUGCCCUUCGCUGAGUUCGUGAAGGUGAUGAAGACUGACAAGCUGCUGUCAGAGCGCUUGACGCAAGUUGUGGGCAAGGAUGCAGGCCAGAUAGAAGAAGUCCUCAAGUGUUACUACCUCCGCGCGGGUGGCAACUUUCGCGACCUAGCCUUGCUGCUCAGGAAUGUGGCGCGGGCUGGUUCGAAGGGUGGUGCGACGGCAGUGAAAACCCAGAUUGAGGAGUGGUACCAAGACAAGAUAAAGCCCCUCUGUUCCAAGGAUUUUUGGAAAGUGUAG